AUGGCAGAGCCGCAGCCGAAGACCCUGUCCGAGGACGCAAAAGUAGGGUACACGGUCAGGCUGCUGGAGGACAAGGGCGCGGAUGCCGCGGCCGCGUUCCGGAAGCGCAUCGACUCGGGCGAGGGCAUCCGGGCAAAGGGGAUCUUCUUCGGCCCCGCCACGCUCAGGGCGGCGCUGGACAGGUGGGAGGCGAGGCAGGUCCGCGUCUCGCCCCCCCGCCCCGACGCGAGCUCCCUGGAGCCGCCGGCCAAGGCGCGGCGGACUCAGGGCCCCGCGGCGCCCUCGGCGGGCCCCGGGACGCCGUCGCCGCAGGGCGGCGGGCUCCUCCAGCGCCUGAACAGCCGCAGGGCCACCGCGCGCGCCGACCCGGCGGAGGGCGCGGUGCCCACGCCGUGCCGCCAGCCGGGGGCGCGCGCGGAGGCCUCCCCGCCGUCCGCCGCCAGCUCCUCGGCAGCGGGGCGCGCCGCGCGCCCCCGCACGCCGCGGCCGGAGCUCCGGAGCCCCGUCGGCAGCCCCCCGAGGCACGCCGAGGCCAACCUGCAGGUGCCUUUCAGCCCCACCAGCGCCUCGGGUACGGGCGGCCCGCCGGGGCCGCUGGGCGCCAGCGGCGGCCUUCAGGCACGGCGCUGGCAGGGGGCGCCCGCCGCCUGCUUCCACUCGGAGACGCCCACGCGGGCAGAGGACGCGCUCUCGACUGCCUCCCACACCGCCUCCCGAAGGAGCCCACUUCUGGCAGGGGCGCUUCCCUGA